AUGUCUCUCAGAGCAUCCAUGAAGAACAGCAAAGACAUGUCUUCCAACAGCUACGACAGUAAUGCGUUAUCGGACACAGAAUCCGAGAUUCCGGUAUCCACAGCAGCAGAUGACGGUGUUUCACAUGUCAACCAUCAGCUGAAAAGAAGAUCAUCGUCGAUGUCUUCCAUGUUCUCUCUCCACGAGGAACCAUUACCACCUCCAGAAGAACAUGAAAUUCGUGCUUUUACCAACGACAAUAGACAUCUCUCCUUUGUGAGAAACUUGCACAUGGCUGAUUGCAUCACCAUGCUUAACGGCUUUUCCGGCUUUUACUCGAUCAUCUCGUGUCUUCGGUUCACGUUGACCUCCCAGCCCCACUACUUGCAGCGUGCGAUCUUCUUUACCUUCCUCGGAUUAUUCUUUGACUUUUUCGACGGGAAGGUUGCUCGUUUGAGAAACAAGUCCUCCUUGAUUGGACAGGAGUUGGACUCCUUGGCUGAUCUUAUCUCCUUCGGGGUGGCGCCUUCGGCUAUCGCCUUCUGCUCCGGCAUGCAAACCACUGCCGACGUGCUCAAUUUGGUGUUCAUGGUGUUGUGUGGUCUUGGGAGAUUGGCUCGUUUCAACGUCACUGUGGCCAACAUUCCAAAGGAUCAGACGGGCAAGUCAAAGUACUUUGAAGGUCUCCCAAUCCCAACCUCCCUCUGGUUGGUGCUCAUGCUCUCCUACUUCAUCAAAAGUGAUCGCAUUGGUGAGAACCUCCCUCUAGGACUUCUUUGGGAAGGUACUCCAUAUGAAUGGCAUCCACUCAGUGGUCUGUAUUUACUGCAGGGUUGUUUCAUGAUCAGCAAGAGCAUUCACAUCAAGAAACCUUAG